CAAAAGAUUGUUGGUCUUUGGAUUGUAAGUGUGGUUUUAGCAGACCAAAACCCACAAAAUUUCCUAACUUUCUUCCACGUCUCAUUGAUCGAUUAAUCGAUUCUGCAUAGAAACCCUAGAUUUUGAGGAAUCCAGCUAUUGGGUCGGGUUAUUUUGCGGUUUAACAUCUGGGUCAAGAUUAAAUAUCGUCUUCUUGACCCGUAUGUUCCUCAUUGAGAGAGUCAAGGACUGAAGAACAUAGUCAGUGGUUUCUGUUUGUUAACUUUUUAUGGGGUUUUCUUGAAUUUGGAGUUUCUAUGGUUAAUUUGACUUUGAAUGCUCUUUGAUUCGGGAGGUUUGGCUUUUGACUUUGUAUUUUGAUCAUGGCUAGACGCCAUGGGUGGGAGCUUCCUGCUCAUACUUUUCAGGUUGUGGCUAUUACUGUAUACUUCUUGUUGUCAGUCGCAUUCUAUGCGUUUUUCUCACCUUUUCUUGGAAAAGAAAUCUAUGAACACGUGGCUAUCGGUGUUUAUUCCUUCUUGGCUCUCAGUGUAUUUGUCCUCUACGUAAGAUGCACAGCUAUUGACCCUGCUGAUCCCGGCAUUCUAAUUGAACCCGGAAGGGCUUCACCAAAUAGAUCGCAAAAUGGUACAGAAGUUCCUGGAAACACGUCUUCCGUUGGAGAACCUAGCAAGAUGGGGUUUCAAAAUGGAGGAAUAUAUGAUAGUGGUAAUUCAGGAGUUUGUUCAAAAAUUGCGGGGGUCGUUUGUGGCUGUAUUGUCAAAGAAGAUUGCCGUAAUGAUGAAGAGAUGCAACUAGGAGGAGAAGAAGAGGCUUUAUUUUGCACAUUGUGCAAUGCAGAGGUGCGUAAGUUUAGCAAACACUGCAGAAGUUGUGAUAAAUGUGUUGACGGGUUCGAUCAUCAUUGUCGGUGGUUGAACAAUUGUGUAGGGAGGAAAAAUUACUUCACAUUUGUGUGCUUAAUGGCCGUGAGCCUCGUUUGGCUGACUUUUGAAUGCGGGGUUGGUAUUGCUGUUCUUGUUCGAUGUUUUGUUGAGAAACGGGCUACAGAAGACCAGAUUUCGAGUAGACUUGGAGAUGGAUUUAGUCGGGCCCCAUUUGCGACAGUUGUGGCUAUAUGUACGGUUGUUUCCUUUCUAGCCACGAUUCCGCUAGGAGAACUCUUCUUUUUCCACAUUAUCCUAAUUCGCAAGGGUAUUACAACAUAUGAGUAUGUUGUCGCCAUGAGGACCCAAAGUGAACCUCCUGGUCCCUCAUUGGACGGAAUGGAUCAACAAAGCUUGCAGUCUUCCCCCACGAGCUCUGCUGUGACCGCCAUUAGCGGCCGAAGCUCCCUCGGUUUGGGUUUGCAGUAUAAAGGUGCUUGGUGUACCCCUCCAAGAAUCUUUAUGGAUCAUCAGGAUGAAGUUAUUCCUCAUCUAGAGCCCGGGCGGCUACCGUCUACGGUCGAUCCGGAUGCUGUCCUUGACAAAGGUAAAAGACUACCUCAACGACCUGUUCGAAUCAGUGCUUGGAAGCUUGCGAAACUGGAUUCAACCGAAGCAAUGAAAGCAGGUGCUAAAGCUCGAGCUUCCUCCUCUGUUCUUCGUCCGCUAGCCUCUAAACAGAAUCAAUUCGAUCCCGACCAUUUAUCGAGUAGCAACGUGAGCAUGAAAAGCAGCCCGAAUAGUUCGCAUCACCGGUUUCAUGACUCGAAAAGCUCGUAUCCACCGAGUCGAGCCAGCCGGGACGAUAGCGAAACUUGUGCUCAUAGUGUUAGUAAUUUGAGCAGUCCAAUGCCUGCCAGGGGCCAUUUUAAUCCCAUGUAUCAGUCCUCAGGAAACCAAUCUCCUUGGGCUAAUAAUGAUCCACCACCUGUGCUGCCGCCCGCCAUUGUGGUCCCACAAGCGCCAGUGGUGGCACCACCGGUGCGGGUCCCACAGGUUCCGAAAAGAAACGUGGUGAUCAAUGAAGGUGCCGGAUCGUCCUCGGUGUAUUGGGACCAAGAAGCAGGGCGGUUCGUGUCGGCUGCGACAGCGAAGACCGUAGGUGGUGGUGGUUCGUCCUCUCAGGCUUCAGGCACGGAGCUGACCUAUACGGGUCAAUCGAUUUUCUUUGGUGGGCCUCCUGUGGGCCCUAGCGGGGGUGGUGGUCAGAGGGAGAAUGGCAACAACACGAUGACCACGGUAACGACGACGACGUCAAGUUAUUAUCAGCAGGGUAGAUCGCAGCGGGGCGGGCAGCUUCCGGUGUUUGUUCCAAGUGAGCAAAGAUUACAUAGAGACAUCUAACUUUUUAACCACCACCGGAUUUGUUUCCUCAUUUUGUAGAGUUGUUGCCUGAAUUGUUUGACCUUGACUUUUUUUAAUUUUCAAAGUUUGACCUGUUUUCCAAA